AUGGAUACUACUAAGGAUUCCCAGUGGAGGUAUUCAACUUCAUCACAUAUUCCUCUAUCAUUACAAAUAAUUGUAAUCUCUGUGGUUGUUACUUCUCUAUGCUGUGCCUUUCGGCGUCUAUACUUCCAUCCGCUGUCCAAAAUUCCAGGACCAAGGCUAGCUGCCGCAACAUCCUGGUAUGAAUUUUAUUACAACUUCAUUCGAGAUGGAAUAUAUGCCAAGAAGUUUGAAAAAAUGCACACAGAAUACAAUUCUUCGGUCAUCCGAAUUGCCCCCAAUCAUGUCCAUGUCAAUGAUCCAGAAUUUUUUUCAAAAAUGUUCAACAACAGGACAACUUAUCGCAAGGACCCAGGUUAUUAUAAGCAGAUAAGCGUGUCCGAGUCUCUUGUUUCCAUCCUAGACCCACAAGAACAUCGUCUGCGGCGACAAAAAGUCAGAUCUUUAUUCUCGUCAAAAGCUGCAGAUUCGAUGGCACCAGGUAUUCUCGCAGUCGCUCAGGAAGCGGCCAACGUCAUGAUUAAGCGUGGAGAAGAGAAAAGACCUAUUGACAUGCAUCGACUCUGUCGCUCCAUUUCUUCGGAAGUAAUAUUUAAAAUGGCUUUUGACGAACCUCAACAUCUUUUAAACUCACAGGAAGAGCAUCCGGAAUUAUUGGCAAGCAUGGAUGCCUUCUUCAACAAUUUUUGGAUAUGUAAGAUUUCUCACCCACUUCUCUGCCUGCUCACGUUCAGUCGAUGUCUCUCUUGGGACAUAUUCUCUAACCUUGAUUUUGUCGUCUCAGUGAAAACAUUCCCCGCCGUUGCGUGGUUGGCAACAAACCUACCUGAUUCGCUAGCCCAGAAGACAGUUCCCGGAUUUAAAAGUAUUAGAGAUAAAUGCGCAAAAUGGGCCACAAGGGCUGUUGCACGACAGAAUUCACGCGAAAUCACCAAAAAUGACUCGUCAUCAAAUACCGUCUUCGAUCUUCUUCUCGCUUCAACUCCCGAGGAACCGCGUUCCGAAUUUUCCAUACCAGACUUGGUAGACGAGGCGUUCUUAUUCGUACUUGCAGGGACUGACACUACAGGAGCUACAAUUGCAAAUGCUUUAUACUAUAUUCUCUCUUCAUCAUCCGUUUCUUCUAAAUUGCUAGACGAACUAACUGCUCACGGUAUUACAUCGCACGAAACUUUUGAUUGCAGCCUAGUUCAAAGAUUACCAUAUCUGACGGCAGUUGUCAAGGAAAGUAUGCGUGUUCAUACUUUGGUGCCAGGUUAUCUUCCGCGUAUUGUACCCGAUGGGGGAGUAGUUGUAGAUGGACAUUUCAUACCAGCAGGUACAACCAUCUCGCAAACCCUUUUAUCACUUCAUCAUAACGCGUCUAUCUUUCCUUCGCCCGAGAAAUUCGACCCCGAACGAUGGGUUAGGGACGAAGAGAAAGUAUUAGAAAAGUAUUUCGCUCCAUUUAGCAAAGGUUCAAGAAAUUGUCUUGGCAUGAAUCUUGCGAUUGAAGAAAUACAUAUAGCAAUUGCGCUUUUCAUUUCCCGGUUCGAAUUAGAGCUUUAUGAGACAGACGCUAGAAGUAUGGAGUGGGUAGAUCGUGCAAAUGCGGUUAAUAGAUCGACCGUUAAGGUGCUUGUUAAGCGUGAUAGAUGGGCCGAUAAUUAGUGAUAUGCUUGAAGUGGCUGAACUUCUUCGAUGAAGAAGUCAGGCUGGAAACAAUUUAAGAACAGCAAAAGCAUAUCAGCUCUGCUAGUAUAUACUUCGUACACUCAGUAUGGUCAAAUUGAAGAAUCAAACUAAAAGAAUUU